AUGAGUUACCAGCAAGGUGGUGGCUACGGCCAAUACAACCCCUACGAGCAGCAGAGCAACCCCUACCAGCAGCAACAACAACAACCCGCAGCGCAGCCAAGCUACGGCGCCCCCGCACCCACUCGCUAUGGUGAUGUCGAGCAGGGAAAUGGCAACUAUGAAAUGGGCUCCGUCAACAACACCACCAACAUCCUCAACAAGUGCCGCGAAAUCAACGAUGGCAUCCAGGAGCUCCGAACAAAGAGAGAGGGCCGACUAGCGCAGGCGCAACACGAGCUUCUUGAUUCCAGCACCGGCAAGGAGGACAAGGCUGCCCGCCAGAACCUGGACUACGUUGAAGACGACAUCAACAACACUCUUCGCUACCUUCGCGACCUCCUGAAGAAGAUCAAGCAGACCCCCGGCUCCGGCGACUCGCGCGUCCAGACCCAGAUCGACGUGACCAGCCGCAAUCUGCGCAAGGAAAUCGAGCAGUACCAGAAAGCCCAGUCGGAAUUCCAGAAGCGUCUCCAAGAACAAGUGCGCCGACGAUACGAAAUUGCCAACCCUGACGCGACCCCAGAGCAGGUCGACCAAGGCGUUCAGAAUGUGCUGUUGGGUCAAGAGCAGACCUUCCAGUCAACCGGACUGCGAACCCGCCAGGCCAACGAUGCCCGACAGGCCGCUUUGGAACGAUCCACUGCGAUCCGAAAGAUCGAGCAAGAUAUGAUCGAGUUGGCUCGCCUGUACCAGGAAGUUGCCGAAUUGGUUCAGCAACAAGAGCCUGCUGUUGAACAAAUCAACACAGGUGCACAUGACGUCGUGGAAAAUGUCGACAAUGCCAACAAGCAGAUUGACAGUGCCAUUGUCAGUGCCCGAAACGCCAGAAAGUGGAAGUGGUACAUCCUGCUUGUGAUCCUUAUCAUCAUCAUCAUUGUCGUCGUUGUCGCCGUUGUUGUUACCGAGGUCAACAAAAAGUAA